UGUAUGUGCUGUUGGUUACGCGUCGUUUGCGUUGCAAUAUUUUUGUAAAUUUCAAUAGUUGCAGUUGGUUUCAAUGAAAAUCGCAUAAUGGAGACAACACCUGAAUCGUGUGGCGCACGCGAUUCUGUGGAGGCGCUCGAACUGGAGGCGGAUACAGAGACAGAGGCGGAGGCAGAGGCGGCGACUUCGGCAGAGGCAGCGGCAGCGGCAGCUGCAGCGACUGCAGCUAACAACAUGUCGGCCAAUGAUGUUCGGUCCGAGUUAGGGCCCGCAGCUCUGGAUGCGCUGGAUGCGGACAACGACCAACAAAAGCAAAACGAGCCACUGCAGCCGCAGUCACUGGAGCCCAUCUCCCUGGAUGACAUACCCGAGCCCAUCAAAGUGCUCGACGAUAUCAUAUCGGAGUUCGAGGAGGCGGCCACCAAGCCGGCGGCCCUGCACUGCAACAGCGGCGAGAACCAAUCCGAGGACGAUGGCUACAUGAGUCUCAGUCGCAAGAACAUGUCCAAAAAGGACUCGGAGGAUGUGCCCCAAACGCCGAGCACGGAUACCGUGCCCGAAGGCAGUUUCAAUGAGGUUGACGGCACGGCUGAGAAUCUAACCAAAUUAUCGGAGGCGGAGCACAGUCAGGAAGCGACGACGCCACUCAUACAGACGACGCUGCCCAAGGCACGCAGCGCCAACUCAACGCCAGCCACCAACUCGAACUACUCGAGUCUGCCCUGCUGCGGUGCACGUGCCUCCAAUUUGGGCGCCACCUCCACGUGCAACUCCUCCAGCGGCCUGGCCGCCGCCGCCGCUCGCACCGGCAGCUGCAAUGGGGAGCGCAAUGCUCUGGGCAUUGACAUAAGCGCCGUGCACAAUGCCGUGCUACGUGGCAAUCUGGCCAAGCUGCCGGAGCCCAUGCUGAACGAACAUCCGGUGACCAUCUAUCCGGGUCCAUCGGCCAAGGCAAGCGGCGAGGGUGCGCGCGGCAAGCGUCUGCUUAACUCGGUGGAGAAGCACAAGGCCGUGUGCCACAUGCUGAAUCCACAUUCCAUUAGCUCGAGCAGCUCGUCGGGCUCCCAGCACACGUCCAGCGGCGAGGCCUCGCCGGCGGCAUCCAACAUGAAUGUGGCCACGUCCAAGCAGCAGCAGCAACUGGAUGAGGACUACUCCGAGGACUCGCUGGAGGAGUCAACCAUCUCCACGGAUCUGACGCCGGUCAAGCAGAACGGCGUCGCCUGGGAGAUACACUUCAAGAGCAAUAAAAAGAAGCCAAGUGCAAGCGCUAAGAAGACAGCCUCCGGAGCGGCCAAAAAGCAGCAGCAACGGGACAACAAUCUGGCGGAUUUCAACAACAGCUUCGUCUACAACGAGCAGAGCAUGCUGGGCAAGGGCACCUUUGUCAUACGCCGUUCCACGGCCAAGAAGCCGCCGCGUGCCAUCGACAUAUUCAGCAUACCAAAGCCGCCGCGCACCUCCCUGGGCGCUGGCGCCAUUAGCAACGAGUUCUACACGAGCGACAGCGAGCCCAGCGAAUCGGCGUCCUUGCCGCCGCCACCGGCGCCCGCCGAGAUGAACUUCAUCUACAAGGACUGCGAGGCGGCAGCGGCACAGAACCGACGUGCCCUGGAAUUGGCUGCAGCCCAACGGGCAGCCCUCUCCCUGGACAUAGCCGAGGCCACGGAGCACCUCGCAAUAGGUAACAAGCCACUCAAAAGCAAGACAGCCAUGCUCACCGAGAAGCGCCUCAGCGCCGAGUCCAUGCCGGACAACACCUCCAGCAGCGAGGAGUUCGACGAGGCACGCCUCAACGGCAAUGGCUACGAUCUGUUUAGCUACAACGGCAAUGAACAACGUGUCUCGACAGCCACGACGCCCCACACGGAUCUGGCGCCCACCCUGGAGGAAGACGAGGAGUCGGACUUUAGCUAUGGCUGCGCUCCGCUCAAGCAGAUCGAGCACAACAUAAGCGCGCUGCUGCGCGGAGACUUGCCGCUGCCGGUCCAGCUGGCAGCAAUGAAUGGCUGCAGUCCGGCUGCAUCGGGCGCUGCCGCCGCAGCCGCUGCUGCUGCUGCGGCUGCCGCUGCAGAGCUGCAUGCGAAGCGCGUGCUCGAGUUCCGUCCGGGCGUGCACAAGUCGGAGAGCGCCAAGGAGAUGCUGCUGUCGCAGAAUAUUGGCUUUGGUCCGUUGCCGCCGUCGCCGCCCAGCUCCAAUCCGGACAUGUUUGACUAUGAUGCGCCGCUGCCGCCUUCGCCCGUGGAGCCGCGCAAGCCGCUGGAGCUGCCGGCAGCCGCAGCGGCUGCUGCUGUUGGGAAUGCCAAUCGUGGCACCACGAUCGUCGAGGUGCAUGCCACCGCCUCGGGCGCCGCGGUGCAUAGCAAUAGCCACACGCGACGCAGUCGUGACAAUGUGGCUGCAGUGCGUCAUUUCAACGAUGAGCUGCCAGCACCGCCGGCUCCCGCUCAUCAGUCGAGCAGCUAUGCGGAUGGCCUGCCCGGUCUGUCGGGUCCGCCGCUGGCGCCUUCGGUGCCACCACAUCGUGCUGGUCACUCGCUGAACACCAUGAAAUCCUGGAGCAUCGAUUCGCAGUACCGCAAGAGAUCGCCCAAACUGUUUGGCUACAGCAGCGGCAGCGGCAUCACGACGCCCACUGGCCUAGGUGCCAUGCCGCCACUGCCACAGCCGCCCAUGGGCACGAUGGGAUCCUCCUGCGAUGGCGGCUCCGUUGCCGGCACGGGCUCCUAUCAGCGCCGAUAUAUCAACUAUGGCACCAAGCGCAGCCUGAAGCAAUCGCCGCGCGAGGAGCAUCGCCUGCAAACCUCAUGUAGUCUUCCCGAAACUCCCAUAUUCGCCAGAGGCUGUGACAUACCACGUACGCCAUAUCGACGCCAAAAUGAUCCCAUACCCGUCAGCGGAUCCCGCACAGCGCCACGUUCCAGCACUUCGAACAGCAUCAACAUGGGCAACUCCAUCUUGGGCAUAGGCGCUGGCAGCUAUGGCACCGCCCAAAUCUGUCGCCAGCGUUCCAUCAAUCACGCCUUAGCCUCCAAUGAAAUGCUGCGCAUGACUGGCGCUCCCGCCCGCGGCUGGUAUCCCAAGCAGCGCAGCAUGCGGCCCGCCUCCACGGAGAACAUUGAUCGUUUGGCCUCGGUGCGCGUGUGGGACAAUCCGGCGGGCAUGUCCGGCACGGGUCAAUCCCGCAAGCCGCUCACCCUGCCGCCCAAUCUGACGCCCUCCUUUUUGAAUAAGUCGCCGCGCGAGGCGCUGCGUCGUGUCACCAGCUUGCUUAUCACCAAGAAGAAGCACAACAAGGAGCGCAAGCACAAGGCCUACAGCGAUCAGCCCAUGGAUGAUAGCAAUAGCAAGCAUGCAUAUGAAUUUGAAACAGUAGGUUCCGCGAAGCGCAAGGAGACGAGCUGUCGCAGCAAGGACACUGCCGCCGCUGUCGUUGGUGCCACGCCCAAGGCCAAGAAGAAAGGUCUCUUCAAGACGCUGUGGAAACGCACGAAAACCACCUCGCUGGAUCAAUAGAGCAGCCAAGAAAAAAAAAGGAACAGAAAUAACCAAAAAUCAACUUGUUUCAGACGAAGCCAAAACACUGCCCCCCGUUUCCCCUCACUCCAACAAAUACUAUGGAUAUAUAUAUAUAUAUAUGUUUUUAAAGAACGUUGAUAAUAAUCGCACCUACGUAUACACUAUGUAAAAUGUAACACUUGGGUAUAUGAAGAGGGCGUUGUUAAGCGCUGGGUAUACACUAUUCCCUGCCCACGACCCCAGAGUCACCUGCUCAUCACCACACACACACACACACAGCCAUUCACGCAGACACACAAGUACGUUUGACUUACUCUCACGCUCGUUCGCUCACCUUGAAAAUGUCACUCAAUAUGCAAGCAAUUUAUACACACACCUACAUAUAUAUGAAACUAUCGUACAUAUAUGUACAACUAUAUCGGUCAUAUAAAAAUGCGAAAAACUGAAUAAUUCAAAUAUGCACAAAGCCGUGAAUCGUAAAGACUGAAAAAAAAAAAACAAGAAAAAUUUAAAUGAAAUGAUAAACAAAUAAGGAAACCAAUUCAAAUUAAAAACAAUUUUUGAACUUCAAAAUGCCACAAAGCACAAACCAGACCAGCAGAUGAACCAGUAUUAUCUAUAAACAUUUAAAUGGGAUCAUGAGUAGCCCGAUCUUUGAACUUGCAACAAUUCCAUGGCCGUAAGACACACAAUAAAAAGCACGCAACGAUGAGCAACAAAUAAAAAACAAAAAGAUUUCAGAAAAAAUGAAAAAUAAAAAAAAAAUUAUUAUACAAGCACUGAAUUUAUAUAUAUAGUAUAUAAACUCUAUAUACAUAGUUUGGAGUAUAGCUGAACCGUUUAGGGUUCCAGGCAGCAUUACUUACUUUAUAUUAUGAUGUUUGAUAUACAUGAAGCGACUUUUUUAGUAGCCUUCAAGUGGAUUUUGGCGACGAUUGCAAAAUAUUUGCCUAGGAACUUUCAAAAGAUCUAAACAAAUUUUUGGCUCUCUUGGCCGGCGAGGCUUGAGGUAGAUUUUCUGGCAAAAGCUUGAGAGAAAUAUCUAACAAUAAAUUUGAAUUCGAAAUUUUGAGAGACUAGUAUAGCCGAAAAGCCCUCCAAAUUCCAAAGAAUGUUUAAUAAUACCAUUUCCAGCGUUUUGCAUAGAAUUCCAAAAAAAAAAAAAGAAACGAAAACCGCAUAAAAAAGAAAAGAAAAACAAAUCUUAGAAAUAAAAAAAAAUGAAAACCCUACAAAUACGCUCAAUAGAAUUUUACCAGGCAGCAUUUUGCUUUUUGUAAUUCGAAAAAUAUAAAUCUGAGAAA